CUCUCUCUCUCUCUCUCUCUCGAUUUCUUUGAGGUUGUUCUUCCGCAUGCAUGGAGAUUUCUAAUGCUGGCCACCAGUCACGGGGUAGCCAUGGAUUAGAGGAAGCUGUGGCAUGUCCCAGGAGCCAGAAGCAACAGGAUAAGAAGGCAAAGCCUGGUCCAGGACAGGCCCUGAAAUGCCCCAGGUGUGCCUCCACCAAUACCAAGUUCUGCUACUACAACAACUACAGCCCCUCCCAGCCGAGAUACUUCUGCAAGGAGUGCAGGCGCUACUGGACUCAGGGAGGCUCACUUAGGAACGUUCCAGUGGGAGGUGGAUGCAGGAAAAACAAGAGAUCCUCCGCCUCUUCAUCCUCUUCUUCCAAGAAGGCAAAAGAUCAAGACCUCAUCACCACCCCACUCCUACCCACUCUGAACAGUACUCCACCCCCUUCACAUGAUCCAAGCGACUGCUUCCUGGCUUCUUCUACCCUUCAAAUGCAGCCAUCCAUCAUGCAGGUUGGCCUGGACGAGACUGAUCCAGUGACAUCUGCCAUAGCCCUAACGAAUGGUUUUCUUGACAUCGUAAGAAAUGACUUCGUCGACACCACAAGCCCAACCGGCCUUGACUACCUCCCGUACUAUGGUUUUGGAGCCGAUGGGUGGUCCUUCGAGAGAGUAUUGAGUGAUGCCACAGCAAGUCCAACAGCUACCCAAGCUUCAUGCAAAGCUAUGGACGGAGGAGGGGACAACAAAGUGCUGAUGGGCCUUCGAUGGCAGGAUGGAGAAAUGGAUUCAGCAAGGGAUUGCUGGAAUGGUUUUGGUUUUGUUGACUUCAAGAAGAACGAGGAGAAGAUAGUAGACAAAAUAUUUUGAGGAGGAACACUUUAAUCAACGUUGUUAUGGGGUCAUCCAUUAGCAUCUAUUUAUAUAAGCAAAGGAAGGUAGUUU